AUGUCGGGAUUCACUCUUCUACCCGCACGGUUGUUUAUCGCGUGUCACUCACGCGCUCUGCAUCGCCUUCACCACACCAAGCUUUUUCUUCGCUGCAAAAUGUCUUCUUCUUCUUCUUCCUCUCUUACUCAUUCGAUCACGCUUCCGAGCCAACCCACCGAGCCUGUCAACGUCUCUACAGCCGCGGGAGUCUCUUCCUCUGAUUUCAGGCGAGUUGAAAACGCGAUAGAUUCAUCGUUGUUCAAGAAUUGGCUAAGGAACUUGGAAUCAGAAACUGGAAUUUUAGCUGAUGGGACAAUGACAUUGAAGCAAGUGAUCAUUCAGGGAGUUGAUAUGUUUGGUGAACGAAUUGGCUUUCUCAAAUUCAAAGCAGAUAUUUUGGACAAGGAAUCUGGUCACAAGGUUCCAGUAAUUGUGUUUGCAAGAGGAGCAGCUGUAGCUGUUCUCAUUCUCUUGCACUCUGAUGAUGGUGAGACUUACGCGGUUCUCACUGAGCAGGCUAGGGUUCCUACUGGGAAGGUUGUUCUGGAAUUACCUGCUGGGAUGUUGGAUGAUGAUGAAGGUGAUUUUGUUGGUACUGCUGUUCGUGAGGUGGAAGAGGAGAUUGGUAUAAAACUGAAGAAAGAAGACAUGGUUGAUCUCACUGCUUUCCUUGACCCAUCUACAGGCCACCGGAUCUUCCCUUCUCCUGGAGGCUGUGAUGAAGAGAUGAGCGUGUUUCUCUACAGACUUCAAGUGGAACAAGAGACAAUCAGCCAGCUACACGGUAAAGAGACAGGCCUCCGUGAACAUGGCGAGUUUAUAAAAGUCCGAGUAGUCCCGUACAGAGAGCUCUGGCGCAAAACAGCUGAUGCUAAGGUUCUUAUGAGCAUUGGUCUCUACGAAAUGGCUCAGAGAGAGGGUCUCGUCCCCAGGCACUGA